CACGGACACGCUCUUGUAUGGCAUGCUGUACGAAAGCAUCAGAGUCCAAAUAGGCACGCCAGAUUGUCAACCGCCGUGAGGGAUUUCAAGUACCUCGGUAAGCAAUAUGGCUGCGCUUCCUCAGUUUGACUAUCUUUUUGCCAUUGGCACCAUUUUCUCGUUCCUCGAUGCCUGGAACAUCGGUGCCAAUGAUGUUGCCAACUCAUUCGCGACAUCGGUCGCCUCGCGAUCCCUCACCUUGAAACAAGCCAUGAUAAUCGCAUCUUGUAUGGAGUUUGCCGGCGCUAUGGCUGUCGGCGCCCAGGUUACGGAGACGAUACGCACAAAGGUAAUCUCCACGACUCUGUUCGAAGGGGACCCCUCAGUCCUCAUGCUGGCAAUGGUCUGUGCCAUCGUCGGGUCGUCCGUAUGGCUUACAAUUGCGACACGCUUCACUAUGCCUGUGUCGACAACACACUCUAUCAUGGGCGGUGUGAUCGGAGUCGGCAUCGCUGCUGUUGGCUCUGAGGGUGUCAACUGGGGAUGGGGCGGUGUCUCCCAAGUCUUUGCGGCUUGGGCCAUCGCGCCGGGAAUCGCCGGUAUCUUCGCAUCCAUCAUCUUCCUCGCAACCAAGUACGGGGUCAUGCGGCGGAAGAACCCAGUUAAGAAUGCGCUCAUCGCUGUUCCGUUCUACUUCUUCCUCACGUCAGCCCUCCUCACCAUGCUUAUUGUAUGGAAAGGUGGCUCGGCAAGAAUCGACUUGGAAGACCGAGAGCUUCCUGGACCCAUCUUGGGUGUGGGUGCCGGGGUUGCGCUUAUCGUCACUGUGUUCUUCAUCCCAUACCUUUACCGCAAAAUUCUGAAGGAUGACUGGCAACUGAAGGGAUGGCAGGUCAUUCAAGGCCCCUUACUUCUCAGGCGUCCCGACCCACCGGCCCGACCUGAGGGUGUGCACGAGGCUGGAAUUCGAGACUACUACGAGGGUCACCUGACGAGGGAGGAGCUCGAGGCCAAGAGAGCGGCAGAAGGAAACUCCGAUGACAUCGAAAGACACCCUGUGCGUGUGCUCAGCGGCAAUGAAACUGGUGACGCCGCGGAAAAGGGCAGUUCCUCUUCAGAUAUUACUCCUCCACCGCGACCAGAAGAAAAUAAUACACUGAAGGACAAGCCGGUUGAUCCUAAGCUGGCGGCCCCAUCUGGUCCCUGGUACGCACCAGCAGUGAUGUUCUUCUGGGCCAAAUAUUGGUUUUGGCAUGGCGUCGAACAGGAGGUGGUCUCAGCCCAGGGCAAGAGGGACUUCCUCUCGGGGGACAUUGAGGCCAUACACGCCACCGGUGAACACUUCAACAAUGAGGCUGAGUACACCUACUCAUUCCUGCAAAUCCUGACCGCCUCGACCGCAUCCUUCGCACAUGGGGCAAACGACGUUUCCAACGCCAUUGGCCCCUACACCACGAUCUACUUCGUCUGGCAAACCAACAACAUCAGCUCUAGUGUCCCCGUGCCGACAUGGAUCCUGGCAUUUGGUGGUGCCGGUAUUGUCGUCGGUCUUUGGACGUACGGAUACAACAUUAUGCGUGCGCUCGGAAACAAGAUCACGCUGCACUCACCAUCCCGCGGUUUCUCUAUGGAGCUCGGCGCCGCCAUCACCAUCAUCAUGGCCACCAAGCUUAAACUCCCUGUUUCGACAACCCAGAGCAUUAACUGGAGGAUGGUUGCUUGGAUUUACAUGGGGUGGUUCAUCACACUGCCUUGUGCUGGUCUCAUCUCCGGCCUGCUCAUGGGCAUCAUCCUUAACGCUCCGCGCUGGGGCAAUGAUAUUUAG